AAGGACUGCGGGCCUCGAGCCGUGCAAGAGAAUGGAACCCAAGGCCUCUGGCUCCCAAGUAGUAGACAUGAGUCAAAGCAGCGAAGAAUGUAUGAAAACGAUUGGCACUGUGAAUCUUGACAAACUUAUAAAUGACUUCUCACACAUAGAAAAGAAAAUGCUAGAAAACAGUGGAAAGAAUAAUUUACUGGAUAUUCAAUUGGCAAAGUCUAAUAGUUUAUUAAAAAUAAUGCAAGCAAAGGAAAUCUCAAUUAAAAAAGAAUGUACUACUCUUCAUAAUAUGAUAAAAGGGCUACAACAGACCAUUGAAUAUCAACACAAUUUGAAAGGUGAAAAUGAACAACUAAAAAGAAAUGCUGAUCUUAUGAAAGAAAAGUUAAAAUCCCAUGAACAGGAAUAUAAGAAGAAUAUUGCCAAACUUCUAAAUGAAAUGAAAACCAAAGAAGAAGUACAUAAGAUAGAAAUAAGCAAGCUUUAUCAGGAUUUGCAAAAAAAAGUUGAAUUCAAUGAAGAAAAACACAAAGAACAAAUAGAGAAAAAGGAAAUGGAGAUUUCGGAGUUAAAUACAAAAUUAAGGGCUCAAGAAAAUGAAAAACAAAACGAAAUAAUGAAACUACGUAUAGAGUUUGAUGCCAAACUAGCAAGAGUUCAGAGCAAAUCAAAAUCAUAUGCAGAUGCUACUGUUUUGCCCCAGAGUAUCUACAGAAGGAAGCUUCAGCAUCUUCAAGAAGAGAAAAAUAAGGAAAUUGCAGCUCUUCGUAAUACCAUUAGAGAUUUAGAGCACCGCCUUUCUGUUGGCAAAAACUUUAACUUUAAGCGUAAACGGUUUUGA